AUGGAAGGUUCUUUCAAACGUUUUGUCGAAGUUGGUCGUGUGGUUUUCAUUAACUACGGCGAAGAUGCGGGCAAGCUCGCUGUCAUUGUUGAUAUAAUCGAUCAUAAUAGGGCCCUUAUUGAUGGCCCAACCACCGGUGUUACCCGUCAUUCUCAUGCAUUCCGUCGGCUAACCUUAACUGAUCUUGUAAUUAAAGGCUUUCCUAGAGGCAGUCGUUCAUCUAUAGUAAAGAAAUAUCUCGCAAAAGAAAACAUCUUGGAGAAAUGGAAUCAGACAGCAUGGGCAAAGAAAUUGGAAAGUCGUAAGAGGAGAGCCGCCUUGACAGACUUUGAUAGAUUCAAAUUAUUGAAGUUGAAGAAGCAG